UCCUGCGCAUAAUGGAGCUGAUUGAAGGCGCUAUAAGCCAUAUAAAGGGCAGCUCUCUGUUCCCGACGCGCCACACUCGGAGCGACGGCAGGCGGGAAUCGAACACUCGGCAUGUGGGAGCAGCGGGCAGCUGUGACGGUCUUCACCCUGAUGGUGUGUGUGUGGGGCGGUGUCGCGGAGGACUGCUCUUACGUGAGUCUCUUCAAACACCUGAACCUGAACAAUAAGACGGACUCCCAGGUGCACCUCCGGCCUGUGAGGAACUGGACCACCCCGACGGUGGUCAGGGUCAACAUGGUGGUGUACGGCAUCAUUGAAGUGAACGAGAAGGCCCAGACCUUCACUGUUCAGACCUGGCGUUCAACAGAAUGGAAGAAUGAAUUUCUCAGCUGGGACCCCAAACGUUUCUGUGGCAUAUGGGUCAUGGGGGUCCCAAGAGGAAUGAUGUGGGUGCCAGAUAUUUACAUCCAGGAAGAUACCUCGGACAACGGUGCUACCCUCUACUCGCGCCACCUCCAGCUGUUCUUCGACGGUUCUGUCACCAGUAUGGCUAAGGGGGAGUUGAAGGCCAUCUGCCAGAUGAACCUGUACCGAUUCCCCGUGGACGUCCAGCGCUGCAACAUCAGCUUUGGCCCAUUCUCCCACUUCGGAAUUGCAAUCACCCAAUUGUCCGACGGCACGUUCCUGACAAAUCUAUCUGAGACUCACAUGGCCACCAAUGGGGAGUGGGAGAUGACCAGAAUCGCCGUCUACUCUGGGUUUGACACGUAUAAUGAAAUCAAAGUGCCUAGACUCAAUUACCAGAUCACCCUGAAGCGCAGGCCCAUGCUGUACAUCAUAAACUGCAUCCUGCCGCUCUUCUACUUCCUGAUGCUGGACGUGGGGACGUUCUUCAUCAGCGAGGCCCGGGGGGAGAAGCUCUCGCUCAAGGUCACCCUCCUGCUGUCCAUCUCCGUGCUGCUGCUCAUCCUCCAGGACAUCCUGCCCUCCACCUCGGACCAGCUGCCCCUGAUAGCUCUGUACUCCAUCAUUAUCUUCAGCCUGAUGGCGCUUAGUCUGAUGGAGGCCAUGUUGGUCAGCUUCCUGAUUGACUUGGACAGCUGCCCCGCCAAGCCUGAACCCGCCCCAUCCUGUGUUGUCACGGAGACCCAGGUGGAAGCCCCCCAAGCAGAGCCCAGAGAAGAGAAACCAGAGGAGGAGCAGGGGGAGAAGGAGGCGCAUCAGGACCUCUUCCUGCUGAAGCUUAUCCUGAAGGAAGUGAAGAGUGUGCGACAGGAAGUGCCCUCUGAGGUCUCUCCGGGGGACAGAAAGUUGGGUUUCUAUAGCCGGCUGGCCGUGAAGAUCGACGUCACCUUCUUCUGGGUCUACGUGAUCGCCAACGUGCUGUUUCUCGUCUACAUCUUCGCUUUGUGGUCAUUGGUCUGACCGCAAGAGUUUACGUAGACAUGUAUUCGAUAUAUACUUAUUUAAAUGUAGAUUUUAUUCCAUCACUGCAAGUACGUUAUUAC